GCGAGAGCACGAUAUGAAAAUUCGCCCAAAAUCGACCGCAAUUCACUUGGAAAUUUCUCUGCAGCGUUUACAUUUCAAGUUGUUUUAUAUGUCACGGUUUGUAUGCACUAUUCAUGACAGUACAUGAUACAGUACAUAAUACCGUACAUAUAUCACAGUGGUCGUCACAAAAAAGCAACCGAUACCUAUAAUUAUGAGUCAUAAACCGACAUGCAAUUUUCUGUGACGCUGUUCCCUGCUAUUACAAUUAAUGCCAAUGACACCGAUGUUCUUUUAUACAUCUAGUUAAUGUUAAACAAAGCUGUCGAUUAAGCUACGUCUCUUAUUGAACCUAUCGAACAACUGUGAUACACUUGGAAAAGUCUACGAGAAGAUAAGGCACAUGAGAAGCAACGCAUCGCCGAGGACCUAAGUAAAUAAUCACACUUGGAGCCAACACAUGUAGAAGAGUGGUCGACGGAAUAUUUUACAUCGUGAAAAUGACACAUCGCUGCUAAAGUUCCCUUUGGAAUGCUCCGAAUGGCUUGUAAUUGUACAAUGACGCUGUAUGAUAUUACUCUACAAUGUUCUGCUGCUGCCACGACGUAACGUCGAUGAUGUCUCUGCCCAAAAAAUAUGGAAACAAAGUUAACGUGGAUUUCAAAGCUCGUCUGGAGCAUAAAUUGUACCUGGCAAGGGAAAAUCCUGAGCCGGUAUUUGAUGUUUCAGAGUGUGCUUUGAAACAAGUACCCUGCGGUAUCUACUCUCUCUGUAAAGUAUUCAGGAAGAGAGUAUUAUCGAUGCACUCGAAUAAUUUGAGUUCCCUCUCAGGCGGAGGUGCCUUGAGCGAUCUUUCGCUCCUCACUGUGUUAGACCUUCGUAGCAAUGUUUUUACAAAUUUGCCACCCGAAAUAGCUCAUCUAUCCUCGCUUCAGGAGCUGUAUCUACAGGAGAAUAAUAUAAAAAAGCUGCCGAGUGAAAUAGGCUGCCUAGCUAAUUUAUCUAUCCUGAACGUAUCGAAGAACAAUUUGAAAAGCUUACCGGAGGAACUGGGAAACUUGUGUCGACUGACGAUGUUGGAUAUUAGUUACAACAGGUUAUUACAGAAAUUACCAAAGUCCCUAGGUCGUGCUCAGCGACUGAAGCAAAUCAAACUGGACGGCUUGUUAAUUUCUUAUCCACCAGCGGAUGUCCUCAUCGGAGGAACCAUCAUUAUCGUAGCCUUUCUAGCGAAUGAGUGUGGCAUCGACUACUCUCCGGAGAGUUUCACCUCAUCGAGGGAUUUAGGAUCCAGGGAUCUCGACACGACGUAUCGCAACAAAGACAACGAUCUUCAGGCCACGCUAACGAAGCUAGAAACUAUAAAGGAACAACGACAAAGUGCACUGCUGGAGGUUGAGAAGAAUAUCAGGCAACAAAAGGAAUACGAACUCGAGGUGCAAUCCAUGCACAAAGUCAACAAAGAGAAGCUUUUAGAAGACCUGGCUCAACAGCAAGUACAACUGGAGCAAGAAAUUGAGAAAGUUCAGCAGGAGAGAGAGAACAACCGUGUUCGACUACUAUCUUACAUAUACAACGCUGAAAAGGAUGCCGACAAGGUGAUAAAAGAAUUCCUGAGAGGCAGCGAAGAAGAACGACAGAGUCAAGCCGAACUGGUCAAGAGAGAGAAACGAGAAGAGAUGCAAUUGUUGUCGGCAUGUCACUCCGAACAAUUUAUGCUGCGUACUAAAGACACCCUCGCUGCGAUGGAACGGUUACUGGAAGAAGAGUUACUGACAGAAAGGAAGCUCGAAGAGUACACCAAAUUCAGAGACUGCACCGCACAAUCUUUGCUCAGCUUGGAAGUGACGAGUAACGAUUAUUUAAAGCAAAUAGUGCAAAAUCAAGAGAAAUACCGCCAAGACCUAGUCGAUAAAUUGCGGAAAGACGAGGCCUUGCAGAAAGCCGCAGUCGCAGCUUUAUUGGAAAGGAGCGAUGCAAGGUCCUGGAGCAUAGUGCAACAAGUUAAUUUAGUGCAAUCGCAAUUAGCGGCACUGACUAUCAUCGAGCUCGAGCGAAGAAAAUUAGAAAUCAACCAACAGCUUAACGACAUUGCUGAUAGAAGAGUGACAUUAAGCGCCAUUCUGGUCAAUCUCUUGGACCAACAAGAAAAACGAAGACAAGAGCUUCUAGACACUAUUAAACAAAUUGAGCAACAACGAGACGUUAAUAGCGCAAGGAGAGACAGUCUGUUCUGGCUGAUGCAGUACCAGUCGUUGAUGGAGGCAAGACCGCAAGGUCUUUUGGAAACCCUCGAGCCAACUUUGGUCCGACAUGUAGCAAUAGCAGGAGCCUUACAUUGUUUGCCAUUUCUAUCAACAUUGCCCUCAUUGUUACCGAACCUCGGACACGAACAAUUGAUCGCCAUUGGAAUAAACAGUGAGAGCGAUCGAGCCGCCAUUAUAAUGGCAGUGGAGAAUUAUUUAAUGGAGAAGAAAUUGGUCUCCGAAGAAGCUACAACCUCGACUCUCCCUUCUGCUCCUCCGAGGGAACCCUCCACCUUUUUGGAAACACCUUCGGCACCUCCUGCGGAACCUUCCACCAGCUACAAAGCAGACGAAGGAGAAACCAACAUCAAUGCAGCUGAGUGCGUCGUUUGUAUGGAUGUACAGUGCCAGGUGAUAUUUCUUCCGUGCGGGCAUUUAUGUUGCUGUUCAAAUUGCGCAAACAUGAUAACAACGGAGUGUCCGAUGUGUCGGAGUUUGAUAAGUCGGAAAAUCCGAGUUCUGACGCCGUGAAAGGAUUUACCGAAAAUGAAUCGCACACGAUAUCAAAACGUUGCCUUGAGCUGAUAAACAGUUAACUAACUGCUAAUUAGUUUAAGGCUAGCCACGUAUUCUUUAACGCAAAAGGAUAUUUACAGUCGGACAAAACAGUAUCACUAAAAUAGUAUUGUUUUCCAAACGAAGACUGUAGGGGGAAAGAAGUGAAUUAACCUCACUUCUCUCCGUCGAAGAAAUAUUGAUGAUAAAAUUCAACCUAACCAUCGGAUUGCUUACGAAGUGGAAUAUUUUAUAGCGAACAAUGCUAUCGACAGGUUAUCAAGAAGAAGUAGAUUUUGCAUGUUUACCCUUAGCUAUUUUUAAACGAACCUCUGUACUGCGACAAGCUACGACAAGUUGAUUUCUACAUCGGAUAAGUGUGUCCGAUUGGCUUUGGAGUAAGAUUUAGCCUUUAGCUUGAGAAUUUCGCGUGGAAGGGGGGAUUUAGUUGCCUUCUUUGAACUUUUGAGCUGUGAUAUGAGGGAUCGUAUGGUGUCUUGUCGAUUGGAAUGAGGAUCAAAGCUUUCCUUAGGUGCGCCACAUGGCUGAAUAUUUUCUACAAGGCUACAUUCCACCCUGAUUGAAUUUAGAAUUAUAGCUCUCUGCAAGCUUUCCGUUAUACAGACUGGAGUAAUAUUAAUUCCUUGAUAUAUUCAGCCACGUAAGGAAUAUUAUUAGAUAGUCUCGACAUGUACAUAAAUCAGUGUCGGAGUUAUCAAAAUUACACGUGCCAUGUCCACCGAGUGCUAGACGAAGUGGAUCCUACGAUGAACACCCUUACGACAAGAAUAUUGCACACCGAUGUUACACUCCAAGAUUUUUUAUAAGAUUGUAAUAAUCUUAGUUAUAAUACAUUCGGGAUAUUGAAAUAAAAAACCUUGCUACGCAAGUCUUAAGUGUGAGAACAUCUGACUUUUCGUAACAUACGGAUAAAUCAUUAAUCCAGUGAAAUUAGGAUAAGUUUGAAUGCAUUGAAAUAUCUAGAUCACUAGUCGACACAAUUGUAAUCGACUUUUUAUAUAUGCACCGUUACAAAUUUGAGAUUGCAAUGUGCACUUAUAUGAUGCGUUGUGCUCACUCUCGCUGGCAACUUUACGAGGUGGUGCGACCGAGGCGUUUUAUUAAAAUUGUUAUCUGCAUUUUGUAACGCGCUAAUCGUUAAGAACAUGGUAAUGUUAGAUUUGAUAAAAGCCUGUUCAUCCGAACAAAAGAACAACAUUCACAGAAUAAAGUUACACGAUACGUAGCUCCAUUAUGUGAACAUCUAGAGUAACGUAGAACAAUGAAGUUGUAUUGAAAUAAUCAUGUCGAUUGCGUUGCUUCCAACACAAGAAAAAUGUACCAUUGAAAUAUACGUUGUUCUUUACAACUAC